AUGGAAUCCAAAUCUGAUCAUACUCAAGAAAAAGUUUCUGCAAAUGAUAUUUUCAUGUCAAGCUCUAGGCCAAUGAUUCCCAAACCCAUUUCAUCUUUUCCUUUACAGGAAUCCGGCCGUAGGCCCCGUGGCCGGCCGGCUGGUUCAAAGAACAAACCAAAGCCACCCAUAAUUCUAACCCGAGAUAACCCACAUUCAAUUCGAGCACAAGCGAUGGAAGUUAGCUCCGGCUGUGACGUUAGUGAAAGUUUGGUUAAUUUCGCCAGAAGGCGGCAGAGAGGUAUUAGCGUUCUCAGCGCCACCGGUUGUGUGGCUAAUGUGACACUCCGGCAACCUUCGUCAGCCGGAUCUGUUGUGACUCUUCACGGGAGGUUCGAGAUUCUUUCUCUUCUGGGUUCUGUUCUUCCACCGCCAGCUCCUCCUGGGGUGGCUGGGCUUACUGUUUAUUUGGCCGGUGCUCAAGGACAGGUGGUUGGAGGAGCAGUGGCUGGGGCUCUUAUUGCUUAUGGACCCGUGGUCAUUGUGGCAGCCACUUAUAUGAAUGCAACGUUUGAUCGUCUGCCGUUAGUGGAGGAGGAGGAUGCGGAGGCGGCGGCGAUGAUGGCGGGGCAUUAUCAGAAUAGCCGGCCGGCAGGUCAGGUGGAGGUUCAAGAUAUAUUUGGAGUGGUUUCGCAGAAUCUGAUGAUAACCAAUGGUGCAUUACCACAGGAGGUUUAUGCUUGGCAAUCAGCAAGGCCAAUUUCUAAAUCUUAA